AUGCUUCAGAUGGAUGAGGAAUACGAGGGAAAUGUUGAGAUAUGCAACUCAUUCUAUGUACAGGGAAAUGGAGGAGAUUUUUCUGUUGAAACAGCUGGGAGCAGGAGGCCUUUUCGUGCUCUCCUUGAUGUUGGACUUGUGAGGACAACAACUGGGAAUCGUGUUUUCGGUGCUCUUAAGGGAGCUUUGGAUGGUGGACUUGAUAUUCCUCACAGUGACAAGAGUUUUGCAGGAUUCAACAAGGAGAGCAAGCAGCUUGAUGCCGAACUCCAUCGGAAGUACUUCUAUGGCGGCCAUGUUGCCGCAUACAUGAGGAUGUUAAUGGAAGAUGAACUAGAGAAGUUCCAGACUCACUUCAGUGAGUACAUAAAGAAAGGCAUUGAAGCUGAUAACAUGGAAGAGGUGUACAAGAAAGUUCAUGCUGCCAUACGUGCAGAUCCCACAGCAAAGAAGGCGGAGAAGCAGCCUCCAAAGCAGCAUAAAAGAUACAACUUAAAGAAGAUGACCUAUGAGGAAAGAAAGGCCAAGUUGGUUGAGAGGUUGACGGCACUCAACUCUGCUGCUGAGGAUGAUGAUGAUGAUGAGUAAAUAAGAGAUGGAAUUUUGGCUGUUUUCUUCAGCGUUGGUAGGAUGGAUAGGCUGGGGAUUAGGUUACUGUUUGCAGAGAAAUUGUGUUAAUUUUAUUCUUAAAAUUAAAUGAAACAUUUUGUAGUUUCCAGCCAGCAAAUGCUUUUUUCUUAUAGUAAACGCACUUAAUAGAAA